CUUGCCAUGGGCUUGGUCAAUAGGAUUAUCCAAAGCCUCGAAGUCACUCAUGAGCCCAAUCUCACGCUCACCGAGCAGCUCAUCACCAACGAAGAUUUGCUGCCUGUCGAACCAGAGAAACAAACAUGGCGUGCAUACAACUACGUUGCCUUCUGGAUAGCAGACAUGUUUAAUGUUAACAUGUGGAUGAUCGUAUCUUCCAUGAUCCAACUAGGAAUGUCGUGGUGGCAAGCCUGGCUAUGUGUAUGGCUGGGUUAUGGCAUUGGCACGCCGUUCCUUGUUCUGAAUGCGCGUCCCGGUGCCGUUUUCCAUGUGAUGUUUCCAAUCGUGAAUCGCACAAGCUUUGGGAUGUUUGGCAGCCUGUGGUGUGUCUUCAAUCGCGCUGCUAUGGCAUGCAUAUGGUAUGGUGUCCAGGCGAGCAUUGGCGGUUCCUGUGUGCUAGUAAUGCUCAGGGCAAUGUGGCCUAGCAUUAAUGACUUGCCAAAUUCAAUGCCCGCAUCCUCUGGAACAGACACUCGAGAUUUUCUGUGCUUCUUCCUCUUCUGGCUCAUUUCACUGCCGGUCAUUUGGUUCCCUGUGCACAAGGUCCGCCACUUCUUCCUUUUGACGCCCAUCCUGAUGCCCAUAGCCUCAAUUACGUUCCUCAUAUGGUGCAUUGUAAAAGCUCACGGAAUUGGCCCGAUCGUUCACCAACCUUCCACGCUGCAUGGAUCCAAGCUGGGCUGGGCCAUGGUGGUCAGUGCCAUGUCAUGCAUCAGUAACCAGGUAACGAUUAUCACAAACGCACCGGACUUUGCCUCCCGCGCACGUACCCCAUCGGCUGCACUAUACCCACAACUGGUUGCGAGUCCUGUCACAGCGGCGUUCGUGUGUUUGAUUGGCAUCCUUGUGAGCUCGUCGUCGCAGGCAAUUUACGGGACGGCCAUCUGGUCACCUAUUGUUCUUUUGGAAAAUUUCUUGAAUGACAAUGCGUCGAAAGCCACGAGAUUCGGGGUAUGGUUUAUCUCGACUUCAUUCAUGCUUGCACAGGUGACCACGAACAUCUGUGCGAACUCAGUGUCGGCAGGGUGUGAUUUGACCGCACUGUUCCCUCGUUUCAUUAACAUCCGACGUGGCGGGUACAUUGCUGCCAUCGUUGGUCUGGCCAUGUGCCCAUGGAACCUUCUGAAGAACAGUAAUGAGUUCACCUCUUACCUCUCUGCAUAUUCGGUGUUCCUGAGCUCCAUUGCUGGGGUUAUGGUGACGGAAUAUUACAUUGUCCGCAAGGGUCACUAUAACAUCAAGGACCUUUAUCGUACAGGGAAGGGCACUUGGUACUGGUAUACAUAUGGGAUCAACUUCCGUGCAUACGCCGCGUAUAUUUCCGGAAUCCUUAUCAACGCUGUCGGUUUCGCUGGAGCUACCGGGCGGACUGUCCCCCUAGCAGCCACCCGGAUCUACGAUUUAUCGUUCUUUACGGGCUUUGGGGUUUCUGCACUUGUCUAUUGGGCACUGAACCGUGUGUUCCCAGUAGUCGGUGCUGCUGACAGGUUCGAGGAGAUCGAUGUGUCUGGGUAUGGAUAUAAGGCAGGUGGUUUGCGAGAUGCCGAGGAGAUGGACAUAGAUGCGAAGGACGAGGGCCGAAAGAGUAGCGGAGAAGCAGGUGAAUUUUAGCCGACUCCUUCAACAGGAAGAAUGUGGAGGAACAAGGGAGACAAGGAAGGAGCAGCAAAAGGGAUAUGCGAAGGGAAAAUAGGAUUAAUCGUUGGCAACAAGAAUUGGAACGCGAAGAGCAGAGCUUUACCACCUAGUAGUAGUACUACUACAAGUACAGGGUCUACUUUCCGUCGUGUAAAUAUUCUUGCCACCGCGUUCUAAAUCCUG